CCGUUUACAUAGAGGUCCGCCCGACAGCUAAGCUAGGCUAACGGGCUCACUGCUAGGCUAGUAAACAUGCUAGCCGUAGCUUAGCACGUCCCGUGAGCCCGCAUGCCGCCCUGUUCCCGCUCAUCAGCGCCUCGCAGAGGACCGUAGUGCGGACCGUACGAGCAGUGAGGACCACAGUAUGGACCAUUGAAGGAGCCGAGGGCUGCUUUACGUUUCUCGGCGACUGCGCAUUUAGUUCGGAGGCUCCAGGCUAGGCUAAGCUAACUGGCGGUUUGUUUUUGCCCGUUAGCUUAGCGCGCUAACGGCUAGCCUUAGCGCCAGUGGAGCUGCGGUUCGGUUCUGCUCAGUCCCCCGGGCUGCUCCUCCUCCCCUCGGGGACUGUGGGCUGAGCGUCCCGGGCCGCGGUACCCCAGUCCGGGACACUGUCAACCGGGACCCGACCCGCGGAUCCUGACCGAGGAGGAACGCGUCCUGCUCUACCGACGCGUCCGUCAGGUCGCACAUCACCGGAUGUGGAAGUAGAUUUUUUUUGUCUAAAAUAGGAAAUUUCUCCCCUGACUUCCCCCGGAAAACCAACAAGCUAUUAUCAAAGAGUUUCCUGUCGGUGUAAACGAUGUCGCUGGUUGACCUGGGUAAAAGGUUACUGGAAGCAGCUCGUAAAGGUCAAGAUGAAGAAGUCAAGAUCCUGAUGGCCAACGGGGCCCCCUUCACUACAGACUGGCUGGGGACGUCUCCACUGCACCUCGCCGCCCAACACGGCCACUACUCCACGGCGGAGGUCCUGCUGCGCGCGGGCGUCAGCCGGGACGCCCGCACCAAGGUGGACAGGACCCCGCUGCACAUGGCCGCCUCCAAGGGCCACACGGUGAUCGUGGAGCUGCUGGUCAGGAGCGGGGCGGAGAUCAACGCGAAGGACAUGCUGAAGAUGACUGCGCUGCACUGGGCGGCGCAGCACGCCCACCAGGGCGUGGUCCAGACGCUGCUGAAGCACGGCGCCGACGUCCACGCCCUCAGCAAGUUCGACAAGACGCCGUUCGACAUCGCCGUGGACAUCCAGCACACGGACCUGAUGCUGCUGCUGCAGGAGGGCAUGCAGAGCCAGCUGAACUCGUCCUCCCAGCCUCAGUUCAUCAUCCAGGGGCUGUCGGGGCUCCAGGGGGGCGUGGUCAACCUGGCCGACCUGCUCAACAAGGCCGGCGCAGGGGAGACGGAGGAGUCCAUUGCCGCCAGCUCUCUGGACUCCAACAUCCACCACGCGGUGCUGAACGAGGCGGGGCAGCGGGUCAUCACCAUAGUAACGGACCAGCAUGGCAACCUGCAGACCACCGGCGGGAUGGGCCAGCCCUUCUUCGUCACCAUGCAGCACGGCCAGCAGAUGCUGGCGAUGCCAUCCACUACGAUGACAGAGGAGGUGGUGGAGGAGGAGCCUCAGCCCCCGCCCAGCAGGAAGAGGAAGUUUGAGGCGAACAAUCACAAUGACUCAGGCGACACCCAGGAGCUGCUCCAGAGGCAGCUGCAGGAGGCGAACCGGAAGGCGCAGGAGUACCGGACGCAGCUCCACCGCAAGGAGCAGGAGGCGGAGGAGUACCGCGUGAAGCUGGAGGCCAUGAGCCAGAGCAACGGCACCUCCUGCCUGCAGAGCCCGGAGGAGGAGGAGGAGGGGGAGGAAGAGGAGGGGGAGGGGGAGGAGGUGGAGGAGGUGGUGGGCGGGGAGGAGGUGGAGGAGGAGCAGGAGGUGGUAGAGGGGGAGGUGGAGGAGGAGGGGGAGAUGGUGGUGCUGCAGGAGGGCAGCAUCAUGAUGGAGGAGGAGGAGGGAGUGACACUAGUGGAGACCACCCAGGCCUCCUCCUAACGGGAGGAGCGUUGAGGGGGAGGUGGGGGAGGAGCUGAGAGGGGGAGGAGGAGGGGGACUCUGGGAGCACGUGUUGUCCUCCAUUCCCUCCCCCGCUGUCCCUCUGCCCUCCUGCAGGGGUCUCUCUCUCUCUCUCUCUCUCUCUCUCUCUCUCUCUCUCUCUCUCUCUCUCUCUCUCUCUCUCUCUCUCUCUCU